AUGCUGUCCUCCACAUCCAUCAUCGCCAGCUUCCUGGCCGCCACAGCCGCCGGCUUCGUCAUCCCCACCACGAACACCUCCAGCGCAGUGCCCACUCCCCUCAGCCACGGCCCCCACGGCCCCCACGGCCCCGGUCACCACAGUGACACCGAAGAGCACGGCUGCUUCUUCGCGGGCUCCUGCUGCGAGAAGGGCAGCCAGCCCGCUGUGGUCAUCAAGCCGGCGGAGGGACACGCUGCGGUUGUUGUCGGAAACUACAGCGAGACUACGAAUGUUAACGUCAAGUAG